AUGUUCCGUUCAACCCCUGUCUCUUACUGUGCCUUCUGUCAAUAUAAGAAAAUUAUUACCAUUUGAGAGUUACAUGAAUGCCACACACUGUCAUACUCUGUUCUGCAAAUCUUGCGUAUUUGUAGAAGAAAUAAUUAUUACUGGCUGUUAAUGUUUAGCUCCUGGUCAAUCUGAUUGAGCAGAGCUAUGAUCAAAGGCAUUUCAUUCACCCCAUCCGUUUCUUUGCCAUUGUGUAUCUUGGAUUAAUGUAGUUCAAGGUUCACAGUAUAAUGCUUCCUCUCGUUUUCAGUACUUUUACGGUAUGAUUUGGGAGAGUUUGGCCUGCUGUUUCUAAAGGUUCCAACGACACAGUUGGCUCUGUUUUAGAAUUGUUCUAAGGUCCAACCAGUGUGCUUAUACUGUUGGAAAAGGCAUGAACACCAAGGGGUCCUUUUCCCUAAAACCCUGGGGCUUUAUAUUAAAACAGUUCGCCAAGGUAUUGGACACUGAAGAAAUUGAUAUGGAAAGCUUACGCAAAUUAUGUUUCAGUGGUUGUCCUUGUGAAUCAGGUUACAGAUCUAUAUGCUGGAAGCUGCUGCUGAAUUACCUCCCUUUGAAGAAGAAAGACUGGCAAAUGUGGGAAGACAAACAAAGGGCACUAUACAAUCAGUUUGUACAAGAAAUGAUUGUGAAACCAGGUUCAAAUAUAGAUGAAAAGAAGGCUGAUGUUACUAUGGAAGAUCAUCCACUCAAUCCUAAUCCUGACAGUGAAUGGGGUGCUUAUUUCAAAGACAAUGAGAUGUUAGUACAAAUCGAUAAAGAUUGCAGACGUUUAUGUCCUGACUUGUUUUUUUUCCAAAAACCAACAGACUUUCCAUGUGAGGAAAUGGUUAAUGCCAAAACCAAAGUAGAAACUCUACGGAAACGGGUUGAACAAUGUGUGUUACAGUCAGAAACUGUUUCUCGUAACUGGUUAGGCAUCACAAAUAUGAUGUCUAGUCGGAAGAAAUCCCAGGAAGAAUAUUCUGUCUUAUCAGAAGGAAAAGAAGCCCAUUGGGAAGUUGUUGAACGUAUUCUCUUCAUUUAUGCUAAGCUCAAUCCUGGCUUAGGAUAUAUACAAGGAAUGAAUGAAAUUCUUGGCCCUAUCUAUUACACAUUUGUGAAUGAUCCUGAUUUAAAGUGCAGGGAAUUUGCAGAGGCUGAUUCUUUUUUCUGUUUUACUAAUCUGAUGUCAGAAAUCCGAGAUAACUUUAACAAAACAAUGGAUGAUUCUGAUUUUGGAAUUGGAAGCAUGAUGAAGCAGCUUAUGCAGAUGUUAAAAGAGAAGGACCCUGCAUGUGCUCGGAAGCUAGAAGAACAAGAAUUAAAACCUCAGUAUUAUGCUUUUCGAUACCUCACCUUGCUAUUAUCUCAAGAGUUUCCUCUACCAGAUGUGCUUAGAAUUUGGGAUUCACUACUCUCUGAUGAGAAACGGUUUCGUUUUCUUAUUACGAUCUGCUGUGCCAUGUUAAUACUCCUUCGUAGUGAUAUACUCAAAGAUGAUUUUCCCACCAAUAUGAAGUUACUUCAGAAUUUCCCCUACACUAAAGUUGAUGUACCAACUAUUAUUGCUAAAGCAUGUGAGCUGGAUGGAUACAGGUAGUAGAUAUCAGUGGGACUGUUUCUAUUUGGACUCCUGUUAUUGUUACUGUGUAAAGUUCGGGGUGUGUGGCAGAAUUAAUCCCAUGUCACUCUCUGUUCUGACUUGGCACCAACUACAACUAAAGCAUGGCUCUGCUAAUAUUCUUUCUAGCCACAUCAAAUUUACACCGCUACGUUUCCACACCACUAUGGCUUUAGUGUGCAAUUUUUACAUGCUCUCCUCUAUUCACCGUUGUUUAUACCUGUCUACAUACAAGCCAGUUUGUUCAAUUCUGUCAUGGUUAAAAUACUCAGCUCAUUUUGUUCAGCCAUGAUAACGAAACCAAACUUACUAACUAACUAUUGCUUGUUCAUCCAAAAACUGCAUCAGUACUUGUAACACAACUACUAAUACUAUUACUACUACUACCACCGUUUAAAUGCUAACACUAUAUUUAAAGAUGAGGCUUGCUCUCCUCCCCUGCCUUCUCAUUUUUAUACACAUCCCUUUACACAUGCACUAUAGCAACUGCAUGAAAAAAUUUGAGAUUGGGAAUGAGUUUCUGAAGUAUACGGCUUCAGGAAUAUUUUGUUUUGGUGGCGAAAAUAAAUACUAAAUUCUGGUUUAUUUUCUAUUUUGUAAGAACAUCUCUAAAUGUGUUGGUGAGUAGUCUGUGAUUCCAUAAGAACUGAUUACAAGAAUUGAUAAUUUCAAGUUCAGUUGUGAGUAAAGCAAUGUUUAAGUCUCUAAAACAUCAAGAAGUAGCUGUUUACGGUUUAUUUAAACACUCUAUUUGUAUUCUUUGAUGAUUUUUCAAUUGAUUUGGAUUGAUCCAAAUUUUUCAUUAAGAAAUUCACUUCAUUAUCACUAAUGGGCCACACAGUUAUUACAGUAAAGUAGCUGGGGAAGAAAUUAUCAUCAUGAGAAACUAUUCAAUUCUUUGUUUUAUUACUUUUUUUUUUUUUCAAUUUAGCCCUAGAUGAUAUUUUAAUUAUUUCAUCAAAUAAUUCAUUACUCUAAUUUAGUUUGACUGAAAUAAUCAAAUGUUUUAACUCCCUUUUAAAAAAAUAAAUGAAUAACAAACAGCACUAAAUAAUGACUUCUUUUUCUAGACUAUCCCAAAACCUGAUUUUUAUUGCUAAAAUAUGGCUAUAGUGCUAUUGGUUUUGAAAAGAAACUGAAAAGAGCCUACGUGAAUCUCUACUUUCAAUUGUGGAUUUAUGUUAGUAUUGCAGAUUCCCCUAAUGACAAAAAUAAAAAUGGUAACUGUUAUUAUCUAAGCACUAAAAUAUUCUGGAGAGUCCAUGUUUGGUGUGAGUAUGCCUACAGGUGUAGAUUUUAUACCACUGUUACUUGUUUUACAGUGAUUGUUGAUAUACCGACCUUUCUUUAGCAAGUCAAAUUUGUAAUUCACUGAAAAUGUCUAUAUUGAUAUACUAAGUCAUAGUUGAUGCUGGCUAGAUAUAUCAGCUAUUGGUCUACUGGCCAAAGUGUCAUAAGUUACUGUGCUGUGUUUAUGGCUAGCACACAAGUCAAUAUUCAAUUCAAAUGUACCCCUUGUAAGUACAUCUCACUGCUGUGAGCAGUAGGGUCAUAAUAUAAAUGACAAGUGUUCUGUUAGCUUGCAGUGUUAGCUGAGUUCAGUUCCCAGUUUAACACCACCUCCUGGCCCAUGGGUGCUUUUUCAGUUACACUCUGUUGUAAUAAUUUCAAUCAGGUCUCUGGUCUGAAGAUAACUUCCCAUUUAUCACAGGAACUUUGAAAAGAGUCAUGGCACUGCCAUUCCUCCUGUGGGGAAGCCAUUAAAAGAAAACUCCUACCAUAGGCAAUAACAAAGAGAGAAGGAACUUUGGUAUGUUUUUGUGGUAUGUCAACAGUACAGUGUUUACUGGAACCACUGCCACAACAACCUUGUAAGUUGUAUUUUGGAAUGCAAUGAUAGACUGUAUCUAGACUAUACAACUCUAUCGCCCUUGAACAACAAGCUUUAUACAUCAUGUAGAAACAGUAGAACAAUGGUAAAUGCUUUAUAAAUCAAGUGAAUAUAGCUUUGAUUCUCAAUUACAACCACUUCACUUGUAUUACUCAUAUUCAUGAAAACAUCAUGCACAUCACAACUCACUUUCUUUCACCUGGUAAAUUUGAGACUUUAUGCCUAUGUAAAAUAAUUAGAAUUACGAACUGUCUACCUAAGAGUAGUGGGGUGUAAAAUGCUCUUGAGCACUAGAAGAUAUCUAGUUUUAAACUGAGUUUAAUUUCUGCUGAAGCUGAUUUUGUCUUUCAUGAUAUAAUGAUCACAAGUUGAUUCAAUAUGUCAUACCUCUUCCCUGUAAAUGUUUGCCUUGUACUGGAGUUAACAGAAAUAAUUACCUUAUUAAUUGAUGCUAUACAGUGUAAGUUCUUCAAGAAAUUAACCAUGGUUACUUAAUUUAUUUCAUUUAGUUUUGUUGUUGUUUCACUCUGGGUCAGUCCUAAUAGAACAAACUUAUGAUCAAAAGCAUUCCAGCCAUGAUCGUUGGGAAGGGAAUAUUAUGUAUGUAUCUAUGAUUAUGAUAUUCAAAAUGUCCUUGCCAUUUUAAGACAGUAGGAUAUGAUUAGAAAGAGAUUUGGUUGCUAUAUCUAGCAGAUUAAGUGAUCACAUAGAGGAUCCCUCAUUAUAUCACACGUUUCUAUUUCCUUUCUCUUAUAAUUUUGUUUAUGAAAUUAUCAUUAUUGGAAUGGCAGCUAUGGUAUGACAUUAAAUUCUUGGUUAAUCAAAUCUUUAACAUGAUUUUGAGCCAAAGUUCAUUUCUGUUUGGCUCAGUACAUAUAAAUAUAAUGCUUUUAAAAAGGAAUAACCUUCUAUUGCAAAGUAAAUGGUGUCAAUUCUCUGAACCAAGGAUAAAAACGUCCCUUCUCACCUGUCUCAGAGCUGUUAGAUGCAUUACAGGUACUGCACUUACUCCUCUGAAUUACCCUUUGAUAAAAUGAAUAAAUGAAAAACAAAAUACCUUUCCCUUAGAUAUCAAUCCUUUUACUUUUAUGAUAAGUAUCGUUAGCAUUUGAACUUGGGCCACUUUUGGCUUCAGACUACAAUGUUGUAAUGAUUUCACACUGACAUUGGAUGCUUCUGAAUUAAAAUAGCACUUGGAGUGAUUUUUGCUUUCAUUCCUGCAGGAAUUGAUAACAUAAAUAAAAUUAAUAUGCAAAGAUUGGUUCCAUAAAAAAA